CCACACCAAAUCGCGUUGCAGCGUAGCAGCAAGGGAGACGCGGGGAAAGUGCUAAGAUUAUACAACACACCAACAGUCACAAAACGACAAAACGAGUAAAUGAAAGCAACAGCAAGAAACAAAAAAAAAGGUGCAAAUGGACCAUUUAUGGGGGGCAAAUGGGCAAAGUAUGUAAAAGGCCGGUUUUAGGCUCUUUUCUCAUCCAUAUUCAGUGUGCCCCCGGUUUUGGGGAGGAGGGGGGUUGGUAUCAACGAAACAAGCGCUCUAUUGCAUCAUUCAAAAGCCGGGUUCGGUACAUCCAAACACAGCGCACUUGACCGGUAUCGCCACGCGUGCCUAACCAGGCCGACAAACUCGUAAUCUUCUUACGAAAAAAUGGGAUCGAUUUAACACAGCUCUGUAAUCAAUCCGUCAGCGGCCGGCCGGAUUUGGUCGUGCAGGCGGACAACAGACGGUCGUUUACCUCGGCUAAUAAGCUCUCUCUGACUUGGCAGCCCUAACCUUGACCAAAGGCGACCGCCGCACGACAGACAUGUGUGAGACAGAGUGUGUGCGUGGCAGGUAGAGUAGUGUAUUUUUUAAGAUAAUUUAGCAAACAAAAAUUGACAACCCACUGUCGAAAGUUAUGAAGCAAAAAUGGACAGAGAAUGCGGAGGGAAGGGAGGGCCACCAAUUGCCAUCAAACGGUGGGGGCGGCGGCGAUGGCGGUAACAACCAACGUUCGCGCGCUCUCGCCGUACGGUUGUGUUUGUUUUCCAUCGACGUGGUUCGGUACGACCGCUGGUCCCCUGCCCUGGAACACAGCACACAUUGGAGCGAAGAAACGUGAGGCGUGCAAAUGUGUGUUGUGUGUCUUGCUUCCCGGUCCCGGUCCCGGCCCCUGCCACACAGAGCAAGAUUAUUAUUGCUUCGCCACCGCCGCACGGGCGCACACCAGCAGAUCACAAGGUCACGGUCAACGCCGUACGUCGAAACUUCGUGAGCGUUUCAGACGGAGAAGCAGAGAGAGAGAGAGACUCAAAGAGAGUGCGUUUGAGAGGAGAGUGCCACAGUACUCACGCUUUGUUAGUCAACCGUGCCGGGGAGUAGUAGUGCACGGGCAAACCCCCCGCAGAGAGGGGAGUGUUAGUGAGAUAACAGCCCUAACAAAACGAGGGCCAAACACGAUCGGAGCGUGAGUUACCAUUCUCGUUAUAUUUUGGAGGUGGUCGUUGGGGGGGGGGGUGCAAAAAUUGUAAAUAAAGCCGUGAAGCAAGAACCGCCAGAACCGCGCUUCCGUGGUGUUUGGUGUUAGUGUGCGCAAUCAUCACCUUCGAAACUACACACCAACACAUUGCCAUUCUUCCUAAUUAGCACCUGAGGGCAAUACAUUUGGACCAUUGGCCUUUACAGCGGACCGUGCCGUGGCUGCGUGGGUUUCUUAACGAAGAUAAAAAUAAAUAAUUCCCCUUUACAACCCCUUUACACUUCCCUUCUCGCUCGCUCUAAACAACAACAAACUGCUCGAAUACCACCCCACCGGUCGCGGGCGGUAUGGGGGGGGGGCAGAAGGCGCAACAGUCACAACAACGAGAAGCUCGAAAUUUGUGGGGAAAAUCUGCUCACUUUUACGGUAACUCAUUUUCCCGAGAGCGUGUGAGAGAAAGAGAGAGAGAGAGAGUGAGAGAGGUAAAUAUUCUCUCUCGCUCUCUCAGCGCGAGUGUGAAAAACUCAUCAUCCAGCAGCCCAAAAACCGUAUCCCAGUUUCCCGUGUUGCCACUGUACGUGUGUGUGUGUGUGCGUGUCCUGGCUCUGGAUUGUUCGACCCGAGUCGUCCGCACCUGGUGCAGUGUGGGUCAGUCGAACAGCAUGUCCACAGCGAAAAGGACGACGGCGUUAACGACAAACAAGCCGACGACAGCCAGCACCACCACCACCCCAACCGGCCAGUGCGGCAACAUUUUCACUCCGCCACCGUUCGGACGGACGGACACGGCCGACAAAAACAAGCCGAAACCCAACCCGGAUGAGCAGUGAUAGCGGGUUUAGCCGCGAGGCGAGUGGCGCACACUGCUCACAGACGCAAACAAACCGUGUCCUGCUGUUCCUUUAGAAAUCCCGCACCAAUUCAUCCUUUCCCCAAUCCAAGCAGCCCGUGCAAAAACGCGUGCGUGUGCCUGUGUGUGUGGUGCUCUGGUGUAGAAGUGUGUGAACAUGUUUACCCAACCUGCACAGUAACAAGCAGACCAGCCGGACGGACGGACGUACAGAGAGCUCUUACACAACGCGAACGGCGAGCAGACGGAGACGCGGGGGUGGUGGGCAGCAGGUGGUGCCAGAUACACCGAAGUGAAGACGACGACGACGAGGAACAGGAUGGAUUUCACGCCGCUACCGUCGGAGCUGGAGGAGCUGAUCCUGUGCAGCUGCUGCCAUCUGCCGUUCAACGAGACGGACGCACUGCCGAAGCUGUUCUCCUGCCGGCACUACUUCUGCCUCAAGUGCGUCAACCAGGUGCUGCUGAAGGGCAACGAGCUGUACUGCGUGCACUGCUGGAAGCGGACGGAGCUGACCGGGCCCGACAUGAAGCCGGACGCGCUGCCGACGCACAACGCGAUCCUCUACCUGUCGCAGAACCUGAGCAUGAUCUCGAGCGGCAGCAGCAGUAGCAGCGUGACGGCUGCCAACAAAAAGCCACCGGACAAGCCGAACGGUGGCGGCGGUGGUGGUGGAGGUGAGGGCUCCUCGAGCACCUCGUCGGGCACGAGCAAUGGUGGUGGUGGCACAGCGAUCGUGGUGGCUGGCGGAGUGCCCUCACCGACAAGCUCGACAGCGGCGGCGGCGGCGGCGGUGGUGCCUGCGACGCCACCGGGCAACGGUGCCGGACCGAGCGGUAUCAGUGUGAUUGUGGGGGGUGCGGGAAACGCUGGCGGCAACACUAGCAGCAGCAGUAGCAGCGUGGCCAGUGGCAUCAGUGCUGUGGCGGUGACGGCGGGCAGCAGCGGCGCGGCCAACGGGUCCGUCAUGACGGGCGUGGUCGGGGUGCCGCCACCCUCGAACGGUAGUGCGGCGGGCGUGAUCGGUAGUGGUGCGGGCGGGCUCGUAAGCGGUAUCGGGCUCGGUGUCGGUGGGACGGUGGUGAGCGCGAUCGGGUCGGGCAAGUAUCGGAGCAAGGGCGAGAACUGUCUGACGCACGCGAUGCCGAACGCGCUCUGGUGCCUGAAGUGCAGUGCCGCCCUGUGCCGGGGUUGCGCGAGCGGCGACGAACAUCGGCAGCAUCCGGUGAAGACGCAGGCGGAGGCGCGCGACCACAUCCGGACGGACAUUGCGUCGGAUCUGCUGCUGAUGCAGAAGUCGCUCGCCGAGCUGCAGCACUUCGUGUUCAAGCAGCGCGACUUCCUGCUCAAGAUACUGGAGGCGUGCACCGCGCUCAAGACGCAGGUCGAGACGGAGCUGAUCAACCAUCUGCCCACGUUCGAGGUGGCCGAGAUACGCAGCAACCUGACGAAGGCGAAGCUGUACCUCGGCAUGCUCGACCAGCAGUCGCCGGCGGAGGCGUACAAGCUGUACGCGAACCUGCACAUCGAGAAGCAGCGGCUGCAGUCCAAGUACCAGGAGAUGCUGCUCCAGUGCAAGCUGGACGAUCUGAUCCAGCACUACGGCGUGCUGUUCGAUUUCGACCUGAUCAAGCAGGCGCUGUCCAACCUGAACGCGAUCGAUCCGCUCUCGUUCGGCAAUGGGGGGGCGAUGGGCGGUUCGUCCUCGGCCGCGAUCAACGGCCACCACAACUCGAUACUGCUGCUUGCGAACUACUGCAUCUCGCAGCUGUACUCGCGCCACGUCCUCACCACCAAACAUCAUCCCUCGCAGCAGCAGCAACAGCAGCAGCAGCAGCAACAGCAACAUCAGCAACAUCAGCAGCAGCAACUCUCGUCACAGCUUGGCGGUGGUCCGCUGGAAGGUGUCACACUCGGCGGUGGACACCAUUACGUCCAUCAGCAGUCACCGAGUCACGUGAGCAUGAACCAUCUGCAUCACCACGUCGCCCAGCAGCUUCACCAUCACCAGCAGCAGCAACAACACCAUCAGCAGCAUCAACUGGCCGGGUCCGGCACAUACGCCAGCCAGCUGCACGACAUGGCCUCGGCCAUCCUGAUCGCACCGCCCCAGGACCGCAUGGCGCCGGGCAGCGGGCGGACGGCGGGCGACGGGGCCGGCGGUUCCAGCUCGGCCCGCACGUCCGGUUCCGGCUCGGGCUAUCUGAGCGAGAUCCUGAACGGCAGCACGUCCGCCCUCCAGCAUCAGCAUGCAGCCGUCGCACUGCAGCAGCAGCAGCAGCAGCACCAACAUUCCUCGCAGCUCGCCUCCCCGGGCGGCCUGAUGUCGUCCUCGUCCUGCUCGAGCGUCGUGUCGCUCGUCCCGGCCGCACCGGCGUCGUCCGGCUCGUCCUCGAUCGUGGUCGGUGCGGGCAAGGGCGGCGGCGGCGGCGGCGGCCAAUCGCCAAGCUCGGCGGCUGCUGCAGCGGCGGCCGCGGCCGCCGUCGCCGCCACCCUGCUCUGCAAUCCGUCCGUGCACGUGUACCCGAUCUACUUCUUCAGCGUCGAGAUCAACGGCCAACCGUUCGGGCGCAUCCUGAUCGAGGUGCGGAACGACGUCGCGCCGAAGAUGGCGAAGAACUUUGGCGCCCUGUGCACGGGCGAGCUCGGCUUCGGCUACAAGGGCUGCAGCAUCUUCCAGUGCUGGGAGAACGAGAGCAUCAUUACCGGCGACUUCGAGCUGAACAAUGGGCGGGGCGGCCGGUCCGUGUUCGAGGAGGGCUUCUUCAUGCCGGACGACACGAAGAUACUGGCGAUCCGGGGGUCGGUCGGGAUGCGGCGCAGCCAGAAGCGCCACGACAACAUGGGGCUGGUCGGGUCGCAGUUCCGCAUCAUCCUGCGGGAGAUGCGCGGCUUCACCGGCAUCUUCGCGUUCGUGGUCGAGGGGCUGGACCUGGUGGAGAAGAUCAGCCAGGCGGGCGAUUCGGCCGGCAAGCCGCAAAGCACGGUGCUGAUCGCGAACUGUGGCAAGUGGCAGUAGGUGGUGAUGUAGACGACCCUUUAAGGUGUAACAACUACACGUGUUUUGUGUUGUUCCUCUGUCGAUAGCGAUUCGUUCUGUUACUUACAUUAGGGGUUGGGUGGGGUUUUUUGCUUUGUUCGGGGACGAUAGGGAGGGCAUGAAUAGUGAUAGUGCACAGUGCAAAUGGCCAAAGAGCAAAGCGUGUUGUGGAAGAAGUUCGUCGCUUCUAUUCCAUUGUUGAGUUUAUGUAGUGCGGAGCGCAAUGGGCGGAGGGUAGAGCAGGGACGCGUUGUUAGGAUAUAGGUAGCGUAAUUAUCAUUAUGUUUGUCCCCUUACGCCUCUCUGUCUGUCACAUAGACACACACACACACACUGAUCGUUUGACUAGUAUUGUUAAUUAGAUUCAUACUUCGUCGUUCCUUUCGGUUCGCCUUCCAAAGGCUUCCCACACCGUUUUUUGUUGGUAAUUUUUAACACUAGUUCACUAGUUCACGCACGGCAAAAAGCGAAGCGUGGGAGCAAUUUAACGGCGCACUACUAACGGUAACGGACCAAACACGUAAUGUCCCGGGGUCUUUUUUUUUGUUUCAUUUGGCGGUAGUAAGAUCGGCUUCUACUAGACUGAACGGCGCACCGCGCACACACGACGGCAGUAGGGUAGGUUAGGGGUCGGGUCGGGCAAGCGGCGGCACGGUAGCGAUUACUAACAAAACAUAGCAAACGAGCAAACUCGGAACCGGAUUAGACACGGAUAGGUGUAGCUUUUCCUUAGGAUAUAUGAGAGACGAUUACUAUUAUACUUCACCGCUCGAUAGGGGAGCAACAGCGACUCCUGCUUAGCAACGGAAGAGCGCGCCACACACGUAGCAGCGAGUCGUUGUCGUUGCUUGCGAACACAUGUACAACUUUCUAGAGACGACAAGAUCGUGAUCGUGAUGGAAGAGCGUAUACACUGGGGGGGGGGGGGGGGGGGGGUCCCGCCGAUUAUCGAACACAAGUCACGGGGCAGGGAUAUCACGAAGAGUAGGUCGCUACUAAUUGAUACACACACAACACAACUAGGGGUAGGUUACACUGGAUAGGAGGAAAGCAAAGGUGGUGGAUUUUCGCUUCACAAUUUCACCGAUGGAUAGGGACAGUGCACACGAGACAUAGACACGCGCACUCGCAUCGCAAGAUCUUCCGAGGGAAACGAAGAAGCCAUCUACAGCGAAAUGAAGCUGUUAGGAUCGUGCACUUACACACGUGCAUCCGUAUGUAUCGACACAAACACACACACCUGAUCCAACGGUAACGAUAACACUGGGCGCGGGGAAGGGAAGGGGAAAGCAAACGCCAAUGAACACAAUUUUAAUGAUGCAGCGAUGCACACGCCUCGUAUUUCAAGUGCGUUAAAUAUGCUAACAACAUAAUGUGUUAAAAACAAUGGAGACAAAACAGAAGAAUAGUAUAAAUGAAGCGAAAGAAUAUAAAACAAAACAAUACAACACAACACACACCCACGAGGAGCAAAUCAACACAAGCACAGAAGCAAAUCACACAAGUUAAACAAAAAAAAAGCAUGAAACCACGAAAAAAGGGAAUAAAUCAUGAACGUAAAGAAAGUACAAUGCAUUGUAUUAACUGUUAAAUGUUAGGUGAAAACUCGUAAAAA